GCUGUAUACUAAGGGAUGUGUACACAGGCGCAGUAAAAGUUGCACCGGAUGGCAGAGGAUGGGAGGCGCGUAUAGUCUUCAAGGAUAACUGACUCGAGCCGACUGCGAUACUUGUGAAGUGUUUGGACUGCCACCCAUCUCGUCUCCGGUAAAAAUAAUUUCUGUGGAGCAUAUACAUUCUUUACCAGCCCACGCCGAGAAAACGGCGGGACAUGCACGCGUGAUUAGAGCGGGUCACGACGACGAGGCGCCGCCGUCGCAGUCGACCGUUGGCGGCGAUACCAUGCGUCGGCGCGUGGGCAUCGUGGGCUUCGGCCAGCUGGGCCAGUUCCUGGCGGCCGAAGUGCAGCGGCGACCGGAGUCCCUCGAGCUCGCCUUCGUCUGGAGCCGGGGCCGAGUGGUGCAGGGGCUGCCCCCGCACCUGGUGCUCGAGGACCUGGCGUUGGCCGCCACCCGGCAUCCGGACCUCGUGGUAGAGGUGGCUCACCCGUCGCUGGUCCGCACUCAUGGCGAGCAGCUGCUGCGCCACUGCGACCUCCUGGUGGGUUCGCCCACGGCGUUCGCCGAGCCCGACGUCGAGGCCCGGCUGCGCGCCGCGGCCAGUCGCCACGCGCUGUUCGUGCCGUGCGGCGCGCUCUGGGGUCUGCACGACAUCCGGGCGCUGGCGGACCGCGGGCAGCUGGCCGAGCUGACGGUCACCAUGACCAAGCACCCGUCGGCGCUGAGGCUGGCCGACGCCGAGAUGCGCGUCCGCUGCGACCGAGCGGCGCUGGGAACUCAGGCUGUCACUCUGUAUGACGGACCCGUGCGAGGCCUGUGUCCGAUGGCGCCCAACAACGUGAACAGCAUGGCGGCCGCUGCGAUGGCGGCGCACACGCUGGGCUUCGACGGCGUCCGUGGUCGGCUGGUGGCCGACCCGGGCCUGGCCGACUUCCACAGCCUCGAGCUGGACGUGGUGGGGCCCAGCGAAACCGACGGCAGGGCCUUCCGGGUCCGCACGCUGCGCAUGAACCCCUCCGAUCGGGGCGCCGUCACCGCGAGCGCCACCUACGGGGCAUUCCUCGGAAGCAUGCUAGAGGCCGCCAAUGGUCGGGCACCGGGAGUUCACUUCUGCUGAAGCAGUAGGCGUCCAAUGAAAACAAGCAACAACAAAAAUCUGUUCCAACUUUGGCAGCGCUUGUAUUGAUUGUUCCUUUGGCUUACUAAUACAUCGUUUUGUGUAUGUUUAUAUAAACGAACCCAUGGAUGACAUGCGCCUGAUCGCGUA